CAGCGGAGGAAACCCUGUGCCGUGAGCAGCCAUCUUGGAUAGACAGAUCACUUGAGCCAGGAUAACCUGCAUUCCUCAUCUGAACAGCUCAAGAUCACAAAGCUCAAAAGACUUAAUAUCUGAGCCACAAUGGCCACCGCACCGUACAACUACUCCUACAUUUUCAAAUACAUCAUUAUCGGGGACAUGGGGGUAGGGAAGUCAUGUUUGCUUCACCAGUUCACAGAAAAGAAAUUCAUGGCGGAUUGCCCCCAUACGAUUGGCGUGGAGUUUGGUACAAGGAUAAUUGAGGUGAGCGGCCAGAAGAUCAAGCUGCAGAUUUGGGACACAGCGGGGCAAGAGCGCUUCAGGGCCGUCACCCGCUCCUACUACCGCGGGGCUGCAGGGGCACUCAUGGUCUACGACAUCACCAGGAGAAGCACGUACAACCACCUCAGCAGCUGGCUGACUGAUGCCAGGAACCUCACCAACCCCAAUACUGUGAUCAUUCUCAUAGGAAACAAAGCGGACCUGGAGGCCCAGAGGGAUGUGACGUAUGAAGAAGCGAAGCAGUUUGCUGAGGAGAAUGGUCUGUUGUUUCUGGAAGCCAGUGCAAAAACAGGUGAAAACGUCGAGGACGCCUUCCUGGAAGCUGCUAAGAAGAUCUACCAGAACAUCCAAGAUGGCAGCCUGGACCUGAAUGCCGCCGAGUCGGGGGUCCAGCACAAGCCCUCGGCCCCUCAGGGCGGCCGGCUAACCAGCGAACCACAGCCCCAGAGGGAAGGCUGCGGAUGCUAAUGACCAAGCAAACCCCCUUCAUCUUAUCUUCCCCUCUCUCUGUCUCUCUCUCUCUCUCCGUCUGUCCUGCCCACCCUCCUUCAACCACUCCCCCCCUCCUCCAUCCAUUCCUCCACCUCCGUACGUUCAUCCACCCUCUUCCCUCACUGCACCAGGAGCUGCAUGAGAGCAGGGCUGCGGAGGGAAGGAACGGGGGACGGAUAUCGACUUGAGCCAGACUGAGCUGGGCUGUGUGGACUACAUCUCUCCCCUCUUCUUCCUCCUCUCUGCCUGUCUGUCUCCCUUUGUUGCUGUCUCACUCCUCCUCUCUAAACUCUGUCAGUGUGUUGUUGUCCCAUAACUCUCCUCUUUCGCUCCCCUCUGCUCCUCCUGCACCAUUCAGCCUAGUUACCCCCCCGUCAUAGAAUGGUAGACGCCACCAUGCAUCACACGGGUUACUGACACUUUAGAUAGAUGUAACGUUCAUACGAUAAUGAUAAACCGAGACUGUUUUUUAUGUUUGGUUUUAUAGCUAUAUAUGACAUGUAAACACUGCAUUAAGUUUCACCCGCCACUGAUCAGUUCUGUACGAAUCCAGUCUAAAUUAUACCCUCAAAUUCCCGACGUCUCUCCUGCAUGGUUUACCAGUUCAGCGUUUUAUUGAGACAUGCGGGUGUGAUAUGUCGCUCGUUAAUUCUGGAGGGAUCAGACAGUGAAGGCCAUGAAGUAUCAUGCAGCCACACAGGUAAAGGCACUUAAACGUGUGUCAAAGAAUGUGUAGCCAAGUGAAGCAGGAUUCAAACCCGCUUGUGGCUUUUGAUUCUGCUUCUGCUGCUCGGCACCAAGAAAGUUCCUUUGCCAGAUGUGGCGACCCUGACGUUCUCAGGGGAGAGAGGGGAAAAAAAUCAAGAAAACUCGGAAUUACCCACAAUUUCCUUGUACGCAAUUCCUUGGUCUCUCCUCUGAGAUAUCACAGGAAGGAGUACUGGGUGUUUUCCAGCUCGUCUGUGUGUGUGUUUGUGAGUGUCUGUGUGUCAAGAAGUUGGAUGGAAGUUUGAUUCGACUUAAAAAAAAGAAAAGGCUUUUGUGUUUUUGAUGGAAAGAUUCAUUCACAUUGGUUUCUUUGCACCAGCUCUCCCUCUCCUCACCCGUCCGACCCCAAAACUCCCCCCCCAAGUCAUAUCAACAGAUUCUGUCUUUACCAGCAUUUUCUUUGUCAUUGUUUGUUGCCUUAUUAUAAUUAAUGUUAAUACUCUUUAAUCUUUGUGUCGCUGCACUUGCUCUUCACACUGCUGUCGGGACUCACCCCGAGUCAAUAAACCUACUCUUUUUAGAUUAACGAUUGCAUUUUACUGGAGGAUAACAUCAAAAAUGCAAGCGGUGGCUCACACGGUCAAAAUAUCUCAAAAGUUAUCAGCAGCAUGGUCUUAAAACUGUCAACACUCCUUUAUCUCAAGUGCUGCACUGAAGAGCUGAUCUGUUGUUCAUUUGGGCGGUUGUUCCUCUGCCUUGUAUAUUACAACACCAAGCAGCAUGCCCCCCCCACCCCCCACCCCGGAAACACAGUGACAUUGUCAAAAUCCAAUUUUAUUUUAUUUUUUUUUUUCAAGUACAAUUUUUCUGUACCAUAGAGUGAUUCCCUAAUUGGACAGCUGUAUAUAUUGCUUCUUAACUAUUGGUGAUGACCUUGCUACUUGGGAUUUAGAAAUUUAUUUGCUGGCUCUGCCAAGAUCUGUACAGUUGAUGUGCUAGUGGGUUGCCUGUAAUUCAUGCUUGGGAAAUUCUGUAACAUAGUUUCUAUUAAUAAAUGUAUGUAAAGGACAGACACCUAGACAUCCCCCCUCCAACCACCCCGUCUGCACACUACUGUACCCGUCGAUUGGUUGAGGGGAGAGGAAGUGGAUUGAGAUGAUGUGCAAACUAGUAUUUAUGUCUGCAAACUCUGAUUCCUCUCAUUUCUGUAUGGAGUGGAGAAUGGGGCACUUUUAUGUUUAUAUUCUUUUUUUUCUCCCCCCACCCCAUCAUCGCUCCUCCACGUGGGAGGGGCCUGCAUCGCUGUCUUAACUUUUGGGGAGUGGGGAUUGGUUUGUUAUUGUGGGAAGUUGGUGGGCUGGGUCUUCCUUUUUCCUGUGUCCCACCUCUUUGCAGUCUGAGUGACCACUUCCUGCUUUUGUCUGUCCACAAGUACAAAAAAAGUACAUAUGUAUAAAUUUUUAAGGAGCUGUGCUAACAUUUAAAUGCGUUCUUGAGUGUAUAUGAUUUUAAAAUGUUGACAUUUUGAUUUUAAUGACAAAAUACUCUAGACAGAAAAAAUAAAUUAUACAUAACCUGUU